CUCGAGCCCCCGGGGGGAGCCGGACUUGGUCAGGACUAGACUUGUGGCAGGAGAAACUGGCUCGUCCCCGGCUGGCGAGGUGAGACUCUCCGGUCAGCGUGGCCGGGGCCCCACCCCGACUCCCUCCCUCGAGGCCAGGGACUACCAGGAGUUUCUCUGGGCUCAUCGCCCCCCGCCCCAGCUAUCACCCUGGAUAUCUUAAAGACUCUGGAGAAAAGCCACGUGGGGGGCUGGUUCCCCUGGGGCUUCCUCCCGUCCCCCGACUGCCUGAUCCUCUGGAGCGUCCCCGACGUCUGCAAAGAUGUGGACCUGGACGUCCUCGUGGAAGCCCUGAAGCCCGUGGGGACCUUUAAGAAGAUCGGCAAGGUUUUCCGCAAGGAAGAGGACUCCACCGUGGGCAUGCUGCAGAUUGGGGAGGACGUCGACUAUCUGCUCAUUCCCCGGGAGGUCAGGCUGGCCGGCGGCGUCUGGAGGGUCAUCUCCAAGCCUGCCACCAAGGAAGCGGAAUUCCGCGAGCGGCUGACCCAGUUUCUGGAGGAGGAGGGCCGCACCCUGGAGGACGUGGCCCACAUCCUCGAGAAGAGCACCCCGCACCCGCCCCAGCCCCGCAAAAAGCCCAAGGAGCCCCAGGCGAGGAGGAGAGUCCAGCAGAUGGUGACCCCUCCGCUCCGGCUGGUCGUGGGCACCUACGACAGCAGCAACGCCAGCGACAGCGAGUUCAGCGACUUCGAGACCUGCAGAGACAAGGGCAGCAAAGGGUCCGGGCGCGGCAGGAAGGUUCGCAAGAUGCCCGUCAGUUACCUGGGCAGCAAGUUCCUCAGCAGCGACCUGGAGAGCGAGGACGAUGAGGAGCUGGUCCAGGCCUUCCUCCGGCGGGGGGAGAAGAAGCCCAGCGUGUCCCCCGCCCGUCGCCGCGUCAACCUGCCAGUGCCUGUGUUUGAGGACAACCUGGGGAGGCCCCAGCUGUCCAAGGCGGACAGGUGGCGAGAGUAUGUCAGCCAGGUGUCCUGGGGAAAGCUGAAGCGGAGGGUGAAGGGUUGGGCCCCCAGGUCUGGCCCCGGGGCGGGUGAGGCCCCGCAGGCCUCCGCCACGGUGGAGAGAGACCGGGCAUCCGUGCCAGGCAGCCCCAGCCGGGGGGAUGACCUGGGAAACGCAGACCAUGGGCCCACGCCCGAGAGCUCGUCCAGACGAUGGAGACCCAAGAUCAACUGGGCCUCCUUCCGGCGCCGCAGGAAGGAGGCGGCGGCAUCCACAGGUCAAGGGGCAGAUAUUGCCACUGACCAGGGGGCAGAGGCUGCAGAUAAUCAGAGGGAAGAGGCCAUAGCUGGCCAGAGGGUAGAGGCUGCAGAUAAUCAGAAGGAAGAGGGCCUAGCUGACCAAAGGAAAGAGGUCGCAGGCAAUCUGAGGGCAGAGGCUGCAGAUAAUCAGAGGGCAGGGGCCCCAGGUGACCAGAAGUCAGAGGCUGCAGAUUAUCAGAGGGCAGAGGCCAUAGGUGACCUAGGGGCAGAGGGCCUAGCUGGCCAGAGGGAAGAGGUUGCAGGUAAUCCGAGGGCAGAGGCUGCAGAUAAUCAGAGGGCAGAAGUCAUAGGUGACCAGAGGGAAGAGGCCCUACCUGUCCAAGGGGCUGAGGCUGCAGGUGAUCAGAGGGAGGGGGCCAUAGCUGACCAGGGAGCAGAGGCAGCUGAUAAUCAGAGGGCAGAGACCCUGGCUGACCAAAGGGCAGAAGCUGCACAUAAUCAGAGAGCAGGGGCCCCGGGUAUCCAGGAAGCCGAAGCCUCAGCUGCCUGGGCGGCUACAAGGGCAGCCCCAGGAGCUAGAGCCCGAAAACAGGUAAAGACAGUGAGGUUCCAGACACCUGGACGCUUCUCGUGGUUUCGCAAGCGCCGGAGAGCCUUUUGGCAUGCUCCCCGACUUCCAACCCUGCCUAAGAGAGUCCCCAGGGCAGGCGAGGCCAGGAGUCUCAGGGUGCUGAGGGCCGAGGCCAGAGCGGAAGCAGAGCAGGAAGAGCAAGAUGACCAGCUGUGA